AUGGCGUCUCCAGCUGUCCACCAAGCUAUCGAAGAGGCCGCUUCGAAGUACCAGAUCCCAGAAGGCCGUGUUUUUGAAUAUGGAACUGCAGGAUUUCGCAUGAAAGCGGAUCUGCUCAACACGGUUGUUUUUGCUGUCGGCCUCCUCGCAGGUCUUCGCUCCAAGAAACUCAACGGCCAAUGGAUUGGUGUCAUGAUCACGGCCAGUCACAACCCCGCCGAGGACAAUGGCGUGAAGCUGGUCGAUCCUAUGGGCGAAAUGCUCGAGGCCGACUGGGAAACAUAUGCCACAAAGCUUGCGAAUGCGCCCCUUGACAAAAUCGCAGACGUCUACGAUCAGUUGAUCAAGGAGAUUGAUAUCAACAUGGCCAACCCCGCUCGGGUCGUUUUUGCCCGCGACACGCGCGCAUCGGGUUCGCGACUCGCUGGAAUCCUGGGUUCGGCACUGACUGCUACCGAAGUCGAAUUCACCGACUUCAAGUUUAUGACUACCCCUCAGCUGCAUUACGUCGUUCGCUGCAAGAACACCCUUGGAACACAGUACGAAUACGGUGAACCCACGGAAAAGGGUUACUAUGAGAAACUGAGCGAGGCCUUUAAGAAGGUCAUGAAGAAUGUCAAAAUCCAGGGGCCUCUCACUGUCGACUGCGCGAAUGGCGUCGGUGGACCCAAACUACAAGAGCUCAUCAAAUUUCUUACGCCGCCAAGCCAAGGGGGCAUCGACAUCAAGGUUGUCAACGACAAUGUGAUUAACCCAGACAGUCUAAACUUUGAUUGCGGCGCCGACUAUGUGAAGACGAAACAACGUGCUCCUCCUUCCUCCAAAGCGGCGCCUCUUGAACGAUGCGCGUCCCUUGAUGGUGAUGCCGACCGCCUAGUCUACUAUUUCGUCGACGAGAACAACGUAUUCAGGCUUCUCGAUGGCGACCGCAUCGCGACACUUGCCGCAUCUUUCAUCGGUGACCUGGCACGAAAUGCAGGAAUUUCGCAAAAGCUCAAGAUCGGUGUCAUCCAGACUGCUUAUGCCAACGGAGCAAGCACUGACUAUAUUGAGAAAGUGUUGAAGCUUCCAGCCGUCUGCACAAAGACCGGAGUGAAGCAUCUUCACCACGCCGCUAUGCGGUACGAUGUCGGUGUUUACUUCGAGGCGAACGGCCACGGAACGGUGACCUUCUCUGAGGAGGCGCUCAAGACUAUCAAGAGCGCAGAGCCUCAGUCACCGGCACAGCAGCAAGCUCUAGAAUCGCUCAACGGGCUGACAGAUUUAAUCAACCAAGCAGUUGGGGAUGCUCUUUCAGACAUGCUCCUGGUCGAGGCUAUUCUGGCGCACAAAGGAUGGACGACCAAGGAGUGGCUCGGUACUUACACCGACUUGCCUUCUCGCCUUGUGCGAGUUGAGGUGGCCGACCGCUCGAUUUUCAAAGCCGUGGACGCCGAACGCAAGCUUGAAUCGCCGGCCGGGCUGCAGGAUAAGAUUGACGCCUUGCAGUCUCGCUACAACAAGGGCCGUAGCUUUGCGCGGGCAAGCGGGACAGAGGACGCCGUGCGGGUUUAUGCAGAAGCUGCGAGCAGAUCCGAGACAGACGACCUGGCGACCCGUGUUGCCAACGCUGUCAAAGAAGCGGGUUCUGGGGGUGAAGCCUGA